GAGGUCGGCCGCGGCGCAGGCGCGGUGUCGCGACUUCGGCAGUGGGGAAACAUGGCGGCUCCGACGCUGACGGGGAAGCUGUAUUCCCUGCUCUUCCGCAGAACCUCCACCUUCGCCCUCACCAUCGCCGUGGGUGCCCUGUUCUUCGAGCGUGCCUUCGAUCAAGGCGCGGACGCGAUCUACGAAAACAUCAACCAGGGGGUGAGGGCCUAGGCCAUCCCUGACCUUGGGCCCAACCUGAGCGUGUCAGUGGGAAGGGAGAAGCUGUGGAAGCACAUCAAGCACAAGUAUGAGAACUAGUUCCUCGGAGGCGCCCAUCAGGGCCGGAUGGACCAGGUCCACCGCCAGCUGUUUGCCCGGAGCCGGGGCCUCGGCGUGAGAAGAUGCUCUCAGCACUGUCCACGGACCACGUUGGCUGUGGUUACGAAAUGCCUUCGCCUGACAGACUCUUAACUUCUGCUGUGUUUGAAGUGUGAUUGCUCAGCGUCAUCAGCAAAUAAAUGUAAGCUGUCCUUGA